AUGCAAUUGAAUCCAUUAGAUAUUAUUCAAAGUGAUGCUGAAGAUGAAAUUCAAAUUUUGUUAUUGCACCUAGCAAUGCUUAUGCUUGCAACAAUAUUAAGAAAUAAGUCGAAUGCUUUAUCUAAACAAGAAGGUGAAAAACUUUUUAAAUUAUGCUUAACUACAGAAAAACAAGAUUAA